AUGGCAUUGGUUACGACUGCUGAAGUUUGUGACACAAAUCCACAGUUAAUUGUGAGUGGUGAGCUUCGAGCACUCCAGCCAAUCUUUCAGAUUUAUGGUCGGCGCCAAGUCUUCUCUGGUCCAGUAGUGACUCUUAAGGUUUUUGAAGACAAUGUUUUAAUUCGUGAGUUUCUUGAGGAGAAAGGGAAUGGCAGAGUUCUUGUUGUGGAUGGUGGUGGCAGUUUGCGCUGUGCGAUACUUGGAGGUAAUCCUGUGGUACAAGCUCAGAAUAAUGGAUGGGCUGGUAUAGUGGUUAAUGGCUGCAUAAGGGAUGUUGAUGAGAUUAAUGGUUGUGAUAUUGGAGUGAGAGCCCUGGCCUCCCAUCCAAUGAAAGCCAAUAAGAAGGGGAUCGGAGAGAAACAUGUUCCUAUUACCAUAGGUGGCACCAGAAUCAGUGAUGGAGAAUGGCUUUAUGCAGAUACUGAUGGGAUCCUGAUUUCUCGAACAGAAUUAUCUGUCUGA